AUGAUUCACCAGUUCACCCGCUUCGUCAAUUGCACCGCCGGCCUGGACAAGACCCUACGUCUGUUCCAGGCCCUUGCACAGAUCGCCGCAGUUUUCAGCGUCGGAACUCUCGCCGUGCAGUUCACGACGGCCAAGCUGCAAUUGGCAUUGACGCGCCGGUUCCUCCGGCUCUUUGGCUUCAUACCCUCAUUCCAGCGCGUGGCCGCGCUCCUUAGUCAAGACGGGGCCGGCUCGAUGCCCGUGUGGCUGGAAAUGGCCAAAUGUACGUCCUUUGGACUAUAUAUUGUGCUGGAAGAUUUGACGAUUCUUCACGCAACAGGGGUUCACCCAGUGCCCUGGAAUCAUCGUAUUCUGCGCGAAGCAUUCCAGUUCUGGUUCUAUGCUUUGGCUCUGUCUGUUGCAAGAAGUGCUUGGUGCCUCUUGUUUACCUCUUCCAAGCCUGCAGAGACAACUAGGCCCGCUAAGGACCAGAGGCAGAGAAAAAAUGUAGUCUCUGAGAAGAAGAAGCCAUGUGCUUCGCCUGCCGUGCCGCUGAUGAAACAGCUCGUUGCUGAUAGCUGCGAUCUGCUGCUGCCGGGGUCAUUCCUUGGCUGGAUUCCCUUGGGGGACCUUGCCGUCGGUGUGAGCACAGUGGUGAGCACAUUGAUCACCGGCCAACAGGUUUGGGCUGCGCAGAACCAGUAA